AGCUGCCCCACAAAGAUGGGCGGCGGGCCCUUUAAGCCUCGCAGCCUGUGCUCUGCCCUCCGGACGGCAGAGGGCGCCCGCCCGCCGCCGGGAACGCGUGCGCGCGUGUGCGCGCUCGGCCGAGGGGCGGGGCACGCAGGCCGCUCUCGCGUUAACUGCGCAGGCGCGAGUGUGACGGGUCUUUUCCGAAGAACCUGCAAGAUGGCGGAAGUGGAGCAAAAGAAGAAGCGCACCUUCCGCAAGUUCACCUACCGCGGCGUGGACCUCGACCAGCUGCUGGACAUGUCCUACGAGCAGCUGAUGCAGCUGUACAGCGCGCGGCAGCGGAGGCGGCUGAACCGCGGCCUGCGGCGGAAGCAACACUCGCUGCUGAAGCGGCUGCGGAAGGCCAAGAAGGAGGCGCCGCCCAUGGAGAAGCCAGAGGUGGUGAAGACACACCUGCGUGACAUGAUCAUCCUGCCCGAGAUGGUGGGCAGCAUGGUGGGCGUCUACAAUGGCAAGACCUUCAACCAGGUGGAAAUCAAGCCCGAGAUGAUUGGCCACUACCUGGGCGAGUUCUCCAUCACCUACAAGCCCGUGAAGCACGGCCGGCCCGGCAUCGGGGCCACCCACUCCUCCCGCUUCAUCCCCCUCAAGUAGCCCUGUCCAGCCAAUAAAGGCGCAGAUUUCUCACCUCGA